AUGGAAACGACAACCGAGCCCAGUGACGUCGUCGCCGUCGUCGAAGAUACUCAAACUCCCGACGUCCCCACAGAAACAGGCGAUCAAGCCGUUCAACCCGUCAAAAAGACCAAGAAAAUCAUCCGGCGCCGCAAGAAGCCCGCGCGUGUCCAAGUCGAUCCCUCCGCCGUCCCAAGCCAGCCUCCCCCGCAAACAGGUGAACUCUGGAACAUCUGGUACAGCAAAUGGAGCGGAGGCGAUUCACAUGAUAAGCAUGGACUCGAUCAGCCUGCGCCUUACAGGUGCAAUGUCGCGCGCGACUCGGGAUACACCAAGGCGGAUUCGGUGCCGGGGUCAUACUUCUGUCUUUACUUCAGUAAAGGACAGUGCUGGAAGGGCGCGGCUUGCGAGUACUUGCAUCGGAUUCCGACCAUUCAUGAUCACUUCAAUCCCAAUGUCGAUGCAUUUGGACGAGAUAAGCAUCAAGAUUACAAAGACGAUAUGAGCGGUGUUGGCGCAUUCACCAGAGUUAAUCGAACGCUCUACGUGGGAAGAAUCCAUGUGACGGAUGAUAUCGAGGAAGUUGUUGCUCGUCACUUUGCAGAAUGGGGACAGGUCGAGCGCAUUCGCGUAUUGACUGAUAAAGGUGUCGCCUUCGUGACUUAUUCAAACGAAGCCAAUGCACAAUUCGCCGUAGGUGUCAAUCUUCCAAAUCAGCCCGGACAACCUCCCCACUUUUCAGCAGCUAACUCAAAUCCAAAGAUGCAAGCAAUGUCGCGCCAGAGCCUGGACCACGACGAAAUCCUAAACGUACGAUGGGCCACUGUUGAUCCCAACCCACUAUCACAAAAGCGUGAAGCCCGGAGGAUAGAAGAACAAGCCGCGGAAGCCGUCCGCCGAGCUCUUCCCGCCGCAUUCGUGGCCGAGAUCGAGGGUCGCGAUCCCGAAGCAAAGAAGAGGAAGAAGAUCGAGGGUUCCUUCGGGCUAGACGGAUACGAUGUCCCAGAUGCCGUUUGGCAUGCACGUACACGCCAGCUUGAAGAUACAUCAGACGCUGCUCCCCAACUCGAAGCACCUGCGGAGAAGCUCAUGAUCGAGGCAAGCUCGUCAGCGAACCAGCAGCCCGAGCCUGCGGCACAGCUCGGGACGCAGAAUGGGAUCUUCUCGAGCUCAACGCUGGCGGCUCUUCGGGGUAUGUCUGGGGGCAAUGUGACGACACAGGCUGCGCCUAAAAUGUCCGGGGGGCCAUUGGUUGCUUAUGGCAGUGAUGAUGAGAGCGAUUAG